AUGAUUAAAAUUAAAAAUAUAAGCUUGAAUAGAAUAUCAUCCAUUGCAAGUAUCAUUUGCUUGCUUGAUUGUAUUGUAAUUCCUAUUGUUAUGUUUACAUUAUCCGUUUUUAACGUCUUCAAUUCAAAACUAGCACAUCUUCAUGAAAUAUCCGAUAUACUAGCUUUAUAUAUUAUGACUCCAAUAUGUUCACUCUGUAUCCUUUUUAAUUUUAUUCAAUUAAAAAAUGUCGUAUUACUCAUAUGGGGUAUAUUUAGUGUUAUAUUAUUUGUAAUUUCACAUGGGCAUUUUAAUAUAGGUCCCAAAUGUAACCAACUUUUAGAAAAGUACCAUAUAUUUAUAUCAAUUUUAUCCAUAAUUUUAUUAUUAAGUAAUAAUUAUGUAUCACAGAGAAUGAUAAAGAAAAGAAAUUUACAUCACUGUUGCUCAAUGAAAAGAUUCGGAAAAAAUGCAAAUGACUCUUCUUUUACCAAUCACCAUUCAAGUGAACAUGCCUGUAAUCACGAUCAUGAUGAUGAUCAUCAUCGUAAGAAUUCAGCAUCGUCAAAUAAUGGGAAUAAAUAUUAUAUGAACUAUGACAAAAAUGAAAGAGAAUUAGUAAGCUUCUUAUAA